CGCCGAACGAGAUCGAUGCAUCGAAUCGCGCGGUGCAAAUUCCACCACAUCAAUUUCAGACCAUUUCAGACUCGCCGUUCGGUUGACGAACCGCGAUCGUCGAUCGCUUCGCUCCGAGAAAAAGCGGCAAGAAUCCGCGGGGAAAAUCGCGAAAAAAAAAAAUGGAAUUGAAAAGGAGAACGAGUGAGUCCGAAGGUCGUCCAUCUUCGAUAUAUCGUUCGAUGCGUCGCACGACGGCUGACGAUAUCGGUCAGCAUCGGGCCGGGCCCGCCAUGUUAUCGCGUUCAGGGGCUAGGAUUACCGCCAAUUCUCCGUGUGUGCGCGUCGGUUUACGUUGGCUACGUGAGGAGCAUAAAUAACGGACGUCGCUGAUCGCUGACUCGACAGGCUCGGGGCUCAGUGAGAAUCCUUGCGAUUUGCGAUCGCGUCUCGUUCCGAACGUCGGUCCGAGGUGAUGCUACCCUAAUUACGUCAGUAUACCCACGGCGCGUCGCUAUGCCUGACCAAUACUGCUUCGUGUGUGCGAGCAACGAGGGUGUCUUCCUGGACGUCACGCCGGACAAUCGUAACACUUUCGGCGAUCAGAUCGAGACGUGCCUGUCCAGCAAGAUUAACGAAUGCAUCGAUCUGUCAAGCAAGAUAUGUUACAAGUGCGCGUAUGAAUUAGAUCAGUGCGCUAAAUUUGUACAAAAGUAUAAGAAGUCGCACGAGAUAUCGGAGCGGAAAGCCGCGACGUCAAGGCCAUGUUGUUUCCUGUGCCACGAGUUGGUGGACAGUAACCGUAUCUUCGAUAUUACCAAGGACAAUAACGUGUUAUUUAAUCCUCUUCAGAAAAUCCGCAGCAUUUUCAACGACGAUGUCAGUAAGAAGAAUACCCGUUUGAUAUGCCUAUCGUGUCGAUAUAACUUGGAUGUUUUGUAUGAUCUAAGAAGGGUGUAUCAGGAAACAAUCGCCAACUUAAAAGCUCUGAUUAAUGAAGAGAUAAACUAUUCAAAUUUUCCAAAGGUACACACAGAUGUGGUAAAUCGCAAAACGACUAUUACCACAUUUCCAGAUAUCACAUUUUAUGGUACGGUAAAUUCCGAUAGCGACAGUAACGAUAAUACUAAUAUGGCGCGACGUGGUAAGCGACGUCUUAAGGGACACAAGGCACAGAUCAAUGCACAAAUCAAAUUGCGAAACAAGCCGAAAGUUAGAACGUGCGACAAUUGUCAUGGUGCAGUUGCCAACGGUAUUGACAUGUACAGAUUUUAUCACACGGGUCUAACGGUAUGCAAGAAUUGUUGGAUAACGAUAGAUCCGAGUAGUGACAAGAUACGACGAUCCCGUCAGACACAAUCCUACUUGGCAGAAACGAAAUUGUGCGCAGUUUUCUUGACUGACGUACUGAGUCAAAAAUCGCAUAGGAAAAAGAAAAUGCACGAGAAAAAAAAUAAGAAUGAUAAUACGUCGCACGAAAGUUCACAGGAAGAAGAAAAAUCUGCCGGGAGUAGUAGUUCUUCGUUGGUCUCAUCUAAAAGGAAUCACAUUGUUAACGGUAAAGCAAGACGAGGAAGAAAACGGCGAAUUAACAUCAUGGAUAGGUCGCAAGACAUUGAGUACACGCCAUCGAAAAUGACAAGAUUGAGUAAAGAGCGCGCAAACACGAAUGAGGUGAAAUCGACGAAAGCGUCAGUGGAUGCAGAGCAACAGUCCAGUACUCAUUUGACGCAAAGACGAGGACGUAAAAGAACGAUCGAUGAUAGAAGUACGGAUUCGGACGGUUCUCUGGAACAAAGAGAGACCCGUAGUAGUAAAUUGAAUGACCGUGUAAAUAAGACAAACAGGAAGAAACAGAAAUCCAUUCUCGAAGAAACAACAUCAUAUGCACGUUUAGACUCUAGCGACGAAACGUCUAACGAAGAUGGUAGGAGUCUGAGAAGCAAGACAAAAGGUGCGACGAGUUUGUCGACUGUACAUAUAAAAAAUGAACGAGAAGAGAGAACCACCGGCAGUAGGACGAGAUCGUCUUCUAUAUCUAGUACAGAAAUGACAUCGAUGGAAUUUAAGAGCCCGAAAUCUCUAGCACAGUCGGAAGCUAAGAUGGAAUACGCUUGCGACAAGUGCGACAAGAAAUUUGACACCAAGCUGUCCAAUGCGAAACACAGACUGACGCAUCUCAAACAAGCUGCAUUAAAGCUGGAAAAGUUAACCGUUUCAAGCGUUAAGGAGAAGCAGGAAACUGAAGUUGAUUCACAAGAUGACAAUAUUUCCAAAGAAGCGACGUCGCGUCCCGAUAGAACCGCUGGCAAACACCCCGACGAUCCAUCGGAGGAAAUCGAUGUCAAUAUCGAGGAUACCGAUGACGAAGAGAUCUUCAGUUUAUCUACUAGAAAAAAAUCCACGAAAAAGGUGGAAAACGAGACAGGUAAUGAAGACGGCAAUGUAAUCGAUAAACCGGAGGACAACACAGCGAGGAGCGAGUCGCGCGUAGAAGAAGAAUCUGCAAAUGAUGAAAAUAUUGAAACAAAUGAGUCUGAACAAUGCGAAAAAUCGACAGACAUGCCAGACAAAACAUUAGAGAUAGAAGAUGAUAAAGACGAAAAAGGUGAAGAGAAAAAGGACAAACAUACGGAGGACAAGGAUGAGACAUCGGUAAACAGGGACAGUGACAAAUCCAAAGAUGAGGAUGUGCAGAAAACUGCUGUCACUAUAGUAGAGGACGAGGCUAAUGUGGAUGAGGAGAAAGACAAAGAGAUAGAGGACGACGCGAAAGUUUCUUCUAUAGAAAACGAAAAGGCUAUUAAUGAAUGUAAUAAUGAUGAAGAGGAUCUUCACGAGGAAAUAACGCGCGAUAGUGAAACGAUUAGGUCACCAAUUUUAUCAAUUCAUGAAACAAGCAAGGAUAUCGAGGAUCGUGAAAAUUGCGAAAAUAAUUUAGAAGAUAACUGCGAAGAUUAUAAAGAUGGGAUGGUGGAUGAACCAGAUAAAGAUGAGAUAAUGGAUGAACCAGAUAAAGAUGAGAUAAUAAUGGAUGAACCAGAUAAAGAUGAGAUAAUGGAUGAACCAGAUAAAGAUGAGAUAAUAAUGGAUGAACCAGAUAAAGAUGAGAUAAUGGAUGAAACAGAAAUGCCACAAUGCGAUCUAAUGGACGAGUUUUCGAAGGAAGAUACAAAAGAGCCGGAGGAAGACUUCCUAGAAAUUCUGCCGACUGACAAAACUGAUACAUUAAAUGACCAAAGAGAUUUGGAUGACACAAUCGUAAUUGAAGACAAGGAAUUCGAAAUUGAGGAAUUGGAAAAACAAAAUAGGUUCGACGAAGAAAAUAUGGAAGCUGAAAUAAGUGCAGAUGUUGAUGAACCUAAUAGUGCAAGAGAUACUAUCAAGCCAGAUCUUUCAAAUGGCGAAAAGCACGACGAGAUAAGAGAUAGCGAUGAUGACGAUGUCGCAUUUGUUCCAGUAAACAACGACAGUAAUGAUGACAGGGCAAAAUGUAACAACAUCACGGAAGAAACAGUCUCAAUAGACGAUUUGAAAGAGAAAAGGAAAUUAGAGGAAGAGAUAAAGGAGCUCGAGCAAUUGGUCGAUGAUAAUGCAAUGAAUAAUAGGCAUAGCAAGAUACAGGAAAAUUCGACUUACGUCUUGGACACUAGCUCUGCGGAUGCGGCAAAUGAGAUAUUGAGGGAAGUAUUUGAGCUCGCUGCCGCUGAAGUUCAACAUCGAGAGGAUAGUAGUAACACGAAGAACUCGGACGACGUCACAAUUUCGGAGACACUGGAGAACAUAUCGCGGGAGAUACGUAAGAGUGCCGAUAUGCCAUCUUUGGAUCCGAUUAGCGUUAUGGAGUUAGACGAUGAUAUUAUAUUGAACUAAUUGCGCCCGUGGCAAACAAUCACUAUUGUACAUUCUGUCCCAUUUUUGCGAGAAAUUUAUCUUUGUCGUGUGUGCAAUGCCUAUUUACAAUUACAGAGGAUUUAAGUUGAUUGAAAAAAAAAAAGAUGUGAACUGCUGGACAUAUAUGGGCGCAUACUUUAUUGCAAACUUAUUCUUCGGUGUAAUGAAGUUUUCAAGGUAAUUCGCACUUUAUAUCUUUAUUCCUUACAUUAAAUGAAGAAAGUUGGAAGGACUGCAACGACCGGGCAGUUCGCAUAAUUUUUGUUACUAUAUAUUAACUUAUAUCGUUUAAGAGUAGUGUUUGUUAAGUAUUAAAGAUAAUUAAGUAUCACAAUAGCAUUGACUUCACGCUGAUUUUCGUGUAACAGAUAAGCUAUAAAGCUAUGCUGUAGUAUGUUUGCAUUAAAUGCGGAAAUAACUAAGAUUUGUUGUAAAAUUAAGAUAUAAACCUAAACUUGUAUUUGUAACAUUACAGUGUGAUUAUGUAUAUAUAUGUAUAUAUAUGUAUGUAUAUGCAUAUGUGUAUGUAUAUGUACAUAUACAUAUAUGUGUGUAAUAUUAAGAUACAGAAGAAAUAUAAAGUAAUAUUAUGAAGACGUUUGCAUAAUGAUUUAUCAGAAAUCUGUGUCGCAUUUUAAUCAUAUGGUACGUGUGUAACUUUCUAUUUACCAAGUUUUAAUUCAAGAAAAUAAUUGAUUUAUCGUAGGUAGUAAUCGUAAAUAAAUUCCAAAAUUUUUGAAUAUAGAAUUGUAAAAAGAUUUUCAGGAGCAAAGAUAUCGAUUAUUAACAAUUGUUAUAUAAUGAACAUACAUUAUAUGUGGACCCUUAUUGAUAAAUUGCAGAAGAUGCUAAUGCAAUAAUAAUUUCAACAUAAUUAUUUUGAUACGUAGAGCCUCUAAAAUCUUACAUUAAUAUGCGUUAUUUGUCUGUAUCACUAAUUAAAAAUUGGA